AUGUUGACGCCUAAACAUUCUAACAUUUGGAGCACUGUAGAGAUGUUACAUAUGUCUAAACAAUUUCCCUUACCUCUUCUUCUACUUGAAUGUCCCUCUCUGCGGCUGCGCUCUGCCUGUACACCACGUGAUAAUGUACAAAUUGAGAAUGGCGCUAGGCCAGAUUGCUACAUUGAUAUCCCACUCACAAAGGAAGAGGAGGAAGAAAUCGAUGAAAUUGCCAAUGGGCCCACUUGGGAGGAGGAAAUUGACUGUGUGGAACAAACCAACUGGUCGGAGGAAGAAGCUGAUGAGCCAGUAAAUGACUUCCGAUAUCUGCUCGGUCGAUCAUCGCCACCAACCUUGGACGACUUUGAAAAACUAGAAGUGAUUGAUACAGCGCAGCUGGGAUUGUACCUUGCACUGAUUACGCGGGAUGAUGGUUAA